GGACCUGGCRGCGAGGAACUGCCUGGUUGCAGAGCACAACGUGGUGAAGAUAAGUGACUUUGGGAUGUCCCGGGAGCGAGACGACGGGAUCUACUCUGCAGAGGGUAGUCUCAGGCAGAUCCCAGUCAAAUGGACCGCUCCAGAAGCCCUGAACUAUGGUCGUUAUACCACGCAGAGUGACGUGUGGAGCUUUGGGGUCUUACUGUGGGAGACCUUUUCCAUGGGAAYGACACCGUACACAAGCAUGAACAACCAGCAGACUCGGGACGAGGUGGAGCGAGGAUACCGUAUGCCCGCUCCACACAGCUGCCCCGUGGAGAUCUCCAGGGUCAUGAACCACUGCUGGCAGUACGACCCCCAAAACAGGCCGUCCUUUAAGAAAGUCCGAGCAGAACUCAGUGCCAUAUACAACAAAAUGACAUGAAACCAGAGUUUUAUUUAUUUUUUUAAUUUUUUUGUGAUACAUCUAAUUUUUGUUUGUAUGCUAUUCUAUUUGAUAAGUUAAAUAGCCAUAUGGACACAAAAGAAACACACUUGGAUUAUUAUUUAUUUUAGAGUCUUGUUAAAAAAAAUGAUUUGUGUUAGGAAGCCAGCUGGUGGCAGUAAUUUCUCUCUUUUCAGCAUGUGACCUUUUCACACUUACAGAGCGUCUUGUUGGAGAGAAAACUGCAGAUAUGUAAUGAAGCUGUCAACACUUCACUUUACCCUUUUUCACUUUUGUUUUCCUGAGCUGUAUCCUUGAGGAAAAAGGGCCUACWUUUGUUAAAUCAUUGAGAUUUUAAUGUGUGAAUGCUGUCUUUCAACAUCAUUAAAAUCCUUCAAAAAUAAUUAAACCUUUUACACAUUUUA